GGUUUAUUCUGAGCCGCACACACGGACCGACGCGCAGCUCCGGGACUCAGGAUUAAUCCAUCCAUCCAUCCAUCCAUCCACUGCUGGAGCUCGGCUCUCUGAGGUUUGAGCCAACAUGGCGGACGACGACAUGAGGAACGAAUUAACCAACCUGCAGGAGAGGGCGGAUCAGCUGGGCGACGAGUCGUUGGAGAGCACACGGCGUAUGCUGCAACUGGUCGAGGAGAGUAAAGAUGCAGGAAUCAGAACUCUGGUGAUGCUGGAUGAGCAGGGAGAACAACUGGAGCGUAUUGAGGAGGGCAUGGAUCAGAUCAACAAGGACAUGAAGGAGGCAGAGAAGAACCUGACUGAUUUGGGGAACCUCUGUGGUAUCUGUCCGUGUCCCUGUAACAAGCUGAAGGAGCGAGGACAGUCCUGGGGAAACAAUCAGGAUGGCGUCGUGUCCAGCCAGCCGGCGCGUGUGAUGGACGAACGUGAACAAAUGGCCAUCAGUGGAGGAUUCAUCCGCAGGGUAACGAACGAUGCUCGGGAGAACGAGAUGGAUGAGAAUCUGGAGCAGGUCGGCAGCAUCAUCGGGAAUCUGCGUCACAUGGCCCUGGACAUGGGCAACGAGAUCGACACCCAGAAUCGGCAGAUCGACCGGAUCAUGGAAAUGGCUGAUUCCAACAAAACCAGGAUUGAUGAAGCGAACCAGCGCGCAACAAAAAUGUUGGGAAGUGGAUAAAAGAAAUGAUCAUUUUAUUCUCUCUGUUACACCCGUCUGUGUGUUUCCUCUCUAUAAUCAUAAUCUGUAGAUACACACACACACACACACACACACACACACACACACACUUGCUGUAAACAUUGUCGUUGUGUGUCUUGUCUGUCUGUACUGUUGGUCCUGAUGGUUCUUUAUGAACUACUUAACUCAGUGAAUCAUGUAAGUGAAUCGUGUGAAUUGAUU